AAAAGCCUGGCGGGGCCGUGCGGGUUGUGACAGAAAGGAGCCAGUUUCUGCCUCUGCAGCUUCAGCUAUGAGAGCACCUCACCGGCGGUAGGAGACGUGGGAUCUAAUGCAGCUUUAUCCUCUGCUCUCCAUCUGACUGAAGCAGGUACUGGAGCUGUGGAGUUAGCGGAAAAAGAAGAGGGGAGACUGAUCGACAGGUUUCUUCCAGCCCAUGUCGAGGAGAGCUCCACAUCAAUGAGGACACCCGGCAUGGCGGUAUUCAAGCAGGAGAAUGUGGAGGACUUCUAUGAAAUUGGAGAAGAACUGGGAAGUGGGCAGUUUGCGGUGGUCAAGCGCUGCAAAGAGAAGAGCACAGGCGCCGCAUACGCCGCCAAGUUCAUCAAGAAGCGCCAGAGUCGGGUCAGCAGGCGGGGUGUGAAAAGAGAGGAGAUCGAGCGAGAGGUGGACAUCCUGCAGCAGAUACAGCACCCCAACAUCGUGGAGCUGCACGACGUGUACGAGAACCGCACGGACGUGGUGCUCAUCCUCGAACUGGUCUCCGGAGGAGAACUGUUUGAUUUCCUGGCUCGGAAAGAGUCUCUCAGUGAGGAGGAGGCCACGCAGUUUAUUAAACAGAUACUAGACGGGGUCCAGUACCUCCACUCGAAGGGGAUUGCACAUUUUGAUUUGAAGCCUGAAAACAUAAUGCUGCUGGACAGGAGCGUCCCUCUGCCGCGCAUUAAAGUCAUAGACUUUGGACUGGCGCACAAAAUCCAACCCGGAGCAGAUUUCAAAAACAUUUUUGGCACACCUGAAUUUGUGGCUCCGGAGAUCGUCAACUAUGAGCAGCUAGGACUGGAGGCAGACAUGUGGAGCAUCGGAGUCAUCACCUAUAUACUUUUGAGCGGCGCCUCGCCUUUCCUCGGUGAAACCAAGCAGGAAACGCUGGGAAACAUCUCCGCGGUGGACUACGACUUUGAUGAAGAGUUCUUCAGUAAUACCAGCGAGCUGGCCAAGAGCUUCAUCAGGCAGCUACUGGAAAAGGACACCAGAAAACGGAUGACUAUCCAAGAUGCCUUGAAUCACCCGUGGAUUAAGCCUCUCAAUCCCAGGCAGGCCAUGGAGAAGAGGCUUUCUGUGAUCAACCUGGAGAACUUUAAGAAGCAGUAUGCCAGACGCCGCUGGAAGCUGUCCUUUCGGAUUGUGGCUUUGUGCAACCACUUAACGAGGAUUAUGAAGAAGAGUCAGAAGCUGCCUGAAGAUGAUAAGAGGGAUUGUGAAAGUGACCAAGAGGAGGAAAUUCUGAAGAGAAGGCCCAGGACCAGAAAGAGAAGCAGCACUUCCUGAAAGAAUAUUUGUGAACCCUGUUUCGGGCGUAAAACAGUGACUCUGCAUCCUUUUUUUUUUUUUCUCUCUCUUUAUUUUUGGGCACGGCUAUGCAGAAACCGCAUGUGUUUGAGUUACGGCUGUUUAAAGCAACGUCAGGGUUAGUUUUUGACAAAGUGAGCACUUUUUCUGCAGCAUGUUAUGCAGAGCCGCGCCACUUCUAAAUUAAAGCUGCUUACUGGCAGAAGAAUAUGUACAGCAGCUAUACUGUUGACAGGGCCUCUUUGUGGAUAUUCACACUUGCACAAGAAUGCAGAGGGCUUCCUCUCAUGACUGCAGCCUCAAAAGUGCUUCAGCUGCCGUCUGUUGAUAGUCACACUUUUUUUUUUCUUCUUCCACUGGCCACAUCUGGGUGUUGCAGUUCAAAGUAUUGAGAAUUGAAAAGUUUUAGCCUCCAGAGGAUGAGAUGACAAGUUGGUAGCAGAUCUUUGUAACCAAAUGUUUACAUGUUUUUUUUGUUCUGCUUAGACACAGCAGAUCUGUGCAAAUAGUGUUUACUCUUGUCCUGUACGUUUGACCAUCUCAGCUAUGAUUAUCCGGAACCUGUAUGCAAUUCUGAACCAUCUGUUUACUGUAUGCUUGUAAAUGAUCAUAAAUAACCACCUUUUAUCUUAUGUGUACAUAAGAAUGCCAUACAAAUCUUUCUAUGUAAAGCUAAUUUUGCUGUUUUUAAAAUGAAUUAUGUAAUGUGAUGUAUUUAUGGUGUAAAUAGAGGCUCUGUAGCUCCAACAAAUGUCUUAAGUUUACUUCAAUUUUCAUUUUAGGCUCCUAAUAGUUGCGUUCAUAGUUUUAAACAUUUAAUGCUGUAAUCUUACGAACUGAUACUUUGUUUAAUAAAACUGAAGAAUAUUGUUA